AUGUCUGCAAUAACACGCUUCUUCUCCCAUGUCAAGUCUAGACAAUCGUUCAACUUGCGAUUUUUAAGACAACAUGGUUACGAGCUUCUCGAUGAUUCGCCUCUUGGUGAAGGCUCCUACGCCAAAGUCCGUAAAGCUUACUCUAGAAGAACCAAACUUCACGUUGCUGUUAAAAUAAUAGACCGUAAAAAGGCUCCUGAUGAUUUUUUAGAUAAAUUUCUUCCCCGAGAAUUGAGCAUCAUUCAAAAUCUUGAUCAUCCUCACAUCAUUCGAGUGUAUGAGGUGCUGGAAAUUGCCGACAAAGUGUUUGUAGUUAUGGAUCUCGCCACUGGCGGAGAUUUAUUGGAUUACAUCAAGGAAAAAGGAUGCGUGGAAGAAAAUUUAGCCAAGAAAAUCUUCCUACAAACGUUGCAAGCAGUCAAACAUUGUCAUAAACAUGGUGUACUGCAUCGUGACUUAAAAUGCGAAAACAUUCUCUUGGACGAAGGGAACAACGUGAAGCUCACCGACUUUGGUUUCUCCAGACCAUUUAAAAAGUCAGAAAUUUGCAAGACCUACUGUGGGUCGGCUGCAUAUGCAGCGUACGAGAUUCUAAGAGGCAAGUGUACUUUAUAUUGAGAUUUUAUGAGUACUUACCAUAGUUUUCAUCGUUAAAAUUAGUUUUACAAGAGUUGAUGUACCUUGCUGGAGCCGUACACAGUUUUUGUUAUAUUUUAAGAACGUUUGUAUCCUAAAGGGACAAGUUUGGGCUCUUGUUAUACAAAGUCAGUGAAAUAUAGCUACUUUGUUUGGACACACCCUCGUUAGGUUCCCAACAGACCGCUCUCAAACGUUAGGAACUUCACUGAUUCUUAGGUGCUCUCUCUCCAUAAGCUGUGUUGAUCAGGAAGUUUUCGCUGACUGGUUCACGUCGAAAGUUUGUAAUCACUCACUUUUUUUCAGUAAAUUAUAUUAUGGUUUAAGUCAAGAGAACAGCUCGCCUCAGCAGUUUACCUUCCUUCAGAGUUUUUUGAGAAUAAAAACAAACAUCAGUAGGAGUUUUUCCUUUCAAUAUUAUGUGCUUCUCAUUACAUAUACAGCACUGCUUACGUAGGGUUUCCAGAAGAACGAGGAGUUAGGGGUGAGGGAGUGUAGUCCACGCUGUACAACAAAAGCGUCUUCCAGAGUACUACAGUGCAUUUUUUUUUCUUCAUAUUUCUUUCUUGAAAUGAAGGGGUUUAGUCAUAUGCUGAGGAUGUAUUAUAAUUAUAAUUUAUUAUGUUACAAUUUAUUUUACCCAUAAGGUGUUCCGUAUGACGGUGAAAAAGCUGAUGUGUGGAGUAUGGGAGUGAUAUUGUACACGAUGGUAACGGGUCGGAUGCCAUUUGAUGACUCCGACAUGAAAAUGCUACUGGCACAGAUCAAACGCGGGCCAAGCUUUCAUAAACCGAAACAGCAGAUCACGGAAGACUGCAGAGAUCUCAUAUGUGGCAUGCUCACCUUAGAUUUUAGAUUGCGAAUGAGCAUUGAAGAUAUUGAACGCCACGCAUGGUUUUCAGGUACUUCACGUUCAGAGCAUACUGGGAGCACACAGUCGGCAAGGUUGAGAUCUUCGACAAGCGAGGGCCAGAGUUAA